AUGGAUUCCGAGUUGACUGAUUAUGAUGGUGAUUUUGAGCAACAUAAUCCGUUGGAGAAGAAGAUAAAUAUUACAAGGAAAUAUGUAAUUGCUUGUGUUGUUUUUGCCUCUCUCAAUAAUGUCCUCCUUGGCUAUGAUAUUGGUGUCAUGAGUGGAGCAAUCAUAUUUAUUAAAGAAGAUUUAAAGAUAAGUGAGUUUCAAGAAGAGUUUCUUGUUGGCGUUUUGAGUGUGAUUUCUCUAAUUGGUAGUUUAUUUGGUGGAAGAGCAUCAGAUGUUAUUGGUAGAAAAUGGACAAUGGGAUUAGUAUCCAUUGUCUUUCGAGCAGGUGCAGCUUUGAUGACUCUUGCUCCUACAUUUCGAGUACUAAUGAUCGGGAGAAUCUUGGCUGGCGUUGGAAUUGGCCUCGGAGUCAUGGUUGCACCAAUAUACAUAGCUGAGAUAUCACCAACAGUUGCCAGAGGCACAUUAACAUCAUUUCCUGAAAUUUUCAUAAAUGCUGGGAUCCUACUUGGGUAUGUCUCUAAUAAUUAUGCAUUUUUCGGCCUUCCAUCCCAUACAAACCGGAGAAUAAUGCUUGCAGUGGGAAUUCUGCCUUCAGUCUUUAUUACAUUUGCCUUGUGCAUAAUCCCAGAAUCUCCUAGGUGGUUAGUUAUGAAGAACCGAAUAGAAGAAGCAAGGUCAGUACUGUUAAAAACAAAUGAUGACGAGUCUGAGAUCGAGGAGAGACUUGCAGAAAUGCAAUCAGAUUUUGGGGCGAGCGAUGGUGAGGAAGUUUUAUGGCGUGAACUGUUGAGUCCUUCUCUGGCACUUCGAAUAAUGCUCAUUACUGGUUUCGGGAUACAGUGCUGUCAACAAAUUACGGGCAUUGAUGCAACUGUUUAUUAUAGUCCCGAUAUAUUUAAAGCAGCUGGUCUUGAUGGUAAUUCAAAGGUUUUUGCUACCACUGUUGCAGAGGGAGUCACCAAAAUUGUGUUUGUUGAUCUAUGA